AUGGCCAUGGCCAUACUAACCUGGAACAGUAACAAAAAUGACGAUUUCAAAUCCCGUCCGAUUCCCGAAUUUGCGAAGCGCUUAACUGGGCGGGAUCUUGUCGACUAUGUGAACUAUGUCCAACCAUUCUUUACGGUAAACUAUUCCACCGUGCGCAGACCUCCACCAAUGGACCUAACGUACCUAGACGAUCCAGAGGGAUUUACACAAUUCAGAACAGUCAGAACAGAGGCGCGCGAAGGAAAUAUUCCAGAAAGAGUCAUGUUACUUUCAGUUUUGAUGCCCGUGAACGCUGGCCAAGAUGCGAAUCUAUAA